CAGGGUGUCAUAAGCUUCUUCAAUCUCAAAUUAUUAUAACUCGUCGUUCCGUCAAGUCUGCGGCUCCUUACCAGCUAUUGGAAUGAAGGAAGACCUGGUGAAAUUUAUAAUGGUGCUGGUGGCGGCCGCCCCCACACUGGGGGUGGAGGUGCAGCUGGCAGACGGCAGCCGCCUCCUGGGCGUCACCAGCUUCUCCUCCAGGACCCGACGGCCCAUCCACGAGUUCCGCGGCGUGCCCUUUGCCAGGGCGCCAGGGGGCUCACACCGCUUCCAGCUGCCACGUCCAGUGGAACCACUGGGAGAGUUCAACGCCAACUGGUUCGGCCCACUGUGUCCGCAGGCGCUAUCGUCGCGGGAGAUGGAGAUCCCGUGGUUCACGUGGCCGGACGCAGGCACGCUCGCGGCCGUGCGCAACCUCUCUGCCGCCGAAGACCCUGAGGACUGCCUGCACCUCAACGUCUACACUCCAAAGGUGGACAGCUCCGCCCGCCUGCCGGUGUUUGUGUUCGUGCACGGCGGCUCCUUCACGGUGGGGUCGUCUCUCGUGGCGCGGCCUGGUUUCCUGCUCGACCACGACAUGGUCAUGGUCGUGCCUGAAUAUCGACUCGGUGCCCUGGGGUUCCUGUUCCUGGAGACAGAGGACGCUCCAGGCAACCUGGCGCUGUGGGACGUGGUGGAGGCCCUCCGCUGGACGCAGAAGAACGUGGCCGUGUUCGGGGGAGACCCCUCCAGGGUGACGCUGGGCGGCAACAGCGCCGGCGGCGCACUCUCUGAGCUGCUGGCCAUCAGCCCUGUGGCAGACGGACUGUUCCAACAGGUGAUAACGGUGAGCGGCACGGCGCAUGCGCCGUGGUCGCUGGUGGCGGGGCACAGGGCGUCGGCGGCGGCGCGGCGCGUCGCGGCGUUUGCCGGCUGCAACUCCUCCUACGCCGCCCCCGCUGUCGUCGCCUGUCUGCGCAACAGGACGCUCAACAACAUCACCAUAGCCUACCGCCAGCUCUGCGCAGCGGACUCGUCCGAGUGCUCUGCGGCGGCUGCCGCAGUGGUGCAGGGUUCGUGGCUGUCGGUGCCGCUGCUCGAGAGGCGACCCGUCGACGCAUGCGAGGCCGGCGCCGGCUACAAGCCGCGACCCGCGCUGGGCGGCGUCACCAAGCACGACGGCUACUACUUUGCUCGUGAUGUGGAAAAGAUGGGAGCAGAUACGACAACACCAGGCGGCCUCCGUCUCUACCUGGAGUAUUAUUUCCGCAAAGCAUUCAAUGUGGACUACAACCCCGUCAUCUCCAGCGCAAUGCGCGAGGUCUUCUUCAGGCCUCAGGGACAAAACAAGACUGCCAACUUGACCAUCAGUCUUACAGACUUCAUUGGUGCUACGCAAUUCAAGGGACCCCUGAUGACGUCAGCGGAUUGCAACACGCUGCAUGGCGGCAAGAGCUACCUGUACACGUAUAGCCACCGGUCCAGUUUCAGCGUACCAGCCAUUGAACAUGCGAUGGACUUGGUGUACCUCUUCCCUAGACUGGACUACAAUCUUACAAAAGAAGAGGACAAAGUUUCCCAGAGGAUGGUGCACCUGUUUGCUAAUUUCAUUAUUUAUGGGGACCCAUCAUCCAACAAGAGCAAAGUAGACAACGUCCCCACGUGGAAGUCAUACACGCCAGAGCGACAGGAGUUCCUGCGCAUUGACUGGCCGUUCCGGGCUGAGGAGCAAUUCGAGAAAGAGUUCACCGUGACCCUCAGGGAGGGUCUGAACGCUGCAGCACUGCGCCUGGCCAGUCCUUUGCUCGUGGGUCUCGGGGCUGCUGUUGCCGCCGUUACACGGCUACACAGCUUCUAAACAGCUGCCAGACAUUCGCUGAACAGUAACUGAUUGGCAACUGAACGCUAAAUGAACAGUGGCUGGACACUAAGAGUGGUUGAACAGUAACUGGAAAGUGGCUGAACAGUGUUUGGAAGCGGCUGAACACUAUGUGGAAGGUGGCUGAACAGUAACUGAACAGAGGCUAAAUAUUAACUGAACAGCAGCGGUACGUAACUGAUCGGUGGCUGAACCUAUGUACUUUUCUGUUAUCGUCAUUCAAAUACUAGCCUCAUCGCUUGUCUGAAUUCUACGAGAGGGACUUCAGAUUCCAUAAACCAGAAUGUAUGCAUCAGUGCAUCCCAUUUGACAUCCAUGUCACUUCACUUUUGUGAAAGUGAUUAUCGAUCUGUCACAAAAACCUGGUUUCCUGUCUGACAGGUACUACUUGAUGUAUCCAGAGGUCUCACCAACUCAACUUGUCACGUCACCACCUAGAAUAUUUCAUCAAUGCAGUUUUCAUCAACUAAUAUUGUUAUUGAGUUCUUUAACCCUUUACCAAGUUCUCCUUCCUUGAUCCAAUCGGAAGCCCACUUUAGAUUAAUCAAAGAUAAGAAUCUAAUCACUGCAACAGAAUACGUAAUCAUAAUUGUUGUGUACUGGAGUGCUACAGCGAAAUAUAGUGAGCUGAAAUUCAGUUCAUCUGGUAACCGCAGCAUCAUACAACCUAUUACUGAAUUUUCUACACGAAAUAUAACAUAGUUAACAGCCUACGUCUGGACUGGACGCAAAUUUACGCUUCUUCACAGAUGUGAUAUUCUAGUGUUUAACUGGCUGGGAAGGUGCAAGUUUCUAAAACAUGCCUUAGCUGCAAGUACUAUAGAUCGAAAAUGAGAAUAAAUGGGACAGAUAUUUGCGUAUUUUUAUACAGAGCAUUUUUAAAUACAUUGCAAAUGAACAAUUGUUAUGAUUCCUGUGUUUUGAACGGGUUUACAAUCACGCAACCCGAAACUUGCUGUGUUAAUCGCAGUCGUAACAGACAGUGUUAUGUCCAACAGUGACAGCCAACAAUACGGUCUCGAACACAGCACUGUAUGGUAGUGGAACAUGGACUGUGGAAGACCACAAAAGAAGAGAACUGAAGGAUUUGAGAUGUGGUCCUACAGAAGAAUUUUGAAAAUUAGAUGGACCGAUAAGGUAAGGAAUGAGGAAAUUCUCCGAAGAUUCAGCGUCAUGUGCAAUGCCGUUUCAUAAUUAUUAAAAUCUUGCAUUUCUUUCGAUACGUUAGUAAGGGAUACUAGAAAAUUCCCAAAUAUUUACACUAGCAAAUGUUCCGAUACCUCCUUACAAAUAACUCCCUUGGUCAUAUUGAUUUCGCUAACAUCACAAGUAGGUAACGUAGUGUGCCGUGCAACCAGUUUCAGGCAUAUAUUUUUAUUUAUCUGUUUACUUAUAUUUUAGUCACCCGACUUCUGACUCCUCUGAAACGGCACACCGCGAUUUCUACCCCUCUACCUAAAUUUUUAUCUCGGAGUAGCACUUACGGACUUCGUGGCCAAUUAUUUGCUUGAUGUAUUCGAAUCUCUGUCUUUCUCUACAGUUUUCAACCUCUGCAGCUCCCACUAGCACCAUGCAGUUUACGUUAACAGAUGUCGUAUGAACUUGCCCCGUCAUAUGUCAGCCGGCUGCGGUGGUCUCGCGGUUCUAGGCGCUCAGUCC